GACUACCAACUGUUAACAAGCAUAGCACAUAUACACGUUGUAGCUAACUCUCGAAGUAUCACUAAUUAUAAGACAACAUGCGUUUGGAAAAGUGUUAUGUGUGCUCCUCUACUGUAUACCCGGGACACGGUUCUACAUUUGUCCGAAAUGAUAGCAAGAUUUUCCGAUUUUGCCGAUCAAAAUGUUCGAAGAACUUCAAGAUGAAACGUAAUCCUCGUAAGAUGAGAUGGACUAAAGCAUAUAGGAAGGCGCAUGGCAAGGAGAUGGUCGUGGAUAGCACAUUCAACUUCGAGAAGAAGAGGAACGUUCCGUUAAAGUACGACCGCGACCUUUGGGCCAACACAUUAUUAGCCAUGAAGCGCAUUGCAGAGAUCAAAGAGAGGCGCGAGCGUCAAUUCAUCAAGGACAGGCUCAAGCAAAGCAAGGAGACCAAGAACCAGAUCGCACUCGCAGAGGUCGAGAGGGGUAUCAACCUCAUUGCUGCGCCCACGCUCAAAACAAAGGAACAGCUGCUGCGGGUCGCCAACGUAUCUACCAAGAAAGAAGUGGAGACGAUGGAAGAGUAAAUACGUAUAUACAUAAGAGUACGUAUACUGAUACGAGUAGGUAUACGGAUGCGAACACGAGUAGGUAUACUGGUACAGAACUUCUGUGGAGUACAUAUAUAAUUAGUCAUGUGCGCGAGAGACGGGUACAGCGCAUUCUGAUGCGCUCUGUGCAGUAUCCGAGGCGCACGUGCUCGGGAUGGAAAGAGUUAGCAAAUCAUUGUACAUUAAAAUUAUAAAUAUAUAUACACAACGUACUGGUGUGUAUACAAUGUGCGGA